AUGAGAUCAUCAGCCGGGAAGCUUCUCUCGCAUUCUCUACGGAGAAACCGCGGGAAACCUGGUUCUGCAGCAGGAGGCGAUGGAUUUCCGAUCCCGGCGGCUUCGAGGUCGUGCGAUUCUCAGAAGAUGUGGAAUUCCACGGUGCCUCCGCCAGACGAAAGCCCUGAUCAAAAUUCGAUCGACGCAGGUUCUUCAAUGAGGAAACCCGUAAGCUUGUGGCCUGGGAUGUACCAUUCUCCCGUGACCAAUGCGCUCUGGGAAGCCAGACGCAACAUGUUCGAAAACCCUACCGGAGACGACGAUUCUCAAUCGGGGGGAUUGGCCGCCAAGUCUCCGUCGCGGAGCCGGACCUCUAUUCUCUACAAGUUUUCUUCUGAUUUCGUGCUUCGCGAGCAGUACAGGAAUCCUUGGAACGAGAUUCGUACUGGUAAAUUGGUUGAAGAUCUUGACGCUCUCGCUGGAACUAUCUCCUUCAAGCAUUGCAGCAGCGGUAAUGGCAAUGCGAGAGCAAUGAUUUUGGUGACUGCUUCCGUGGAUAGGAUUAUCAUGAAAAGACCAAUUCGUGUGGAUGCUGACCUCAGUAUAGUUGGUGCUGUUACAUGGGUUGGAAGAUCAUCCAUGGAGAUGCAAUUACAAGUAAUCCAAGCUCAAGAUGCCAACAACCCCUCUGAGUCAGUCGCUCUUAAAGCAAACUUUACAUUUGUGGCUCGAGAUGCCAAGACAGGCAAGUCAACUCCGAUUAACCCUGUCACGCCAGAAUCUGAACAUGAGAAACUGCUCUGGAGAGAAGCAGAAGAGAGGAACAAACUACGGAAACAAAAGAGAGCAGAGAGUAAAGAAGAACACGAGAAGUUAAAGGACUUGGAGAGGCUAAACGAGCUAUUAGCAGAAGGACGAGUGUUUUUGGACAUGCCAGCUCUUGCGGAUCGGGACAGCAUCCUGAUCAAAGAUACUUCCCAUGAGAACUCAUUGAUCUGCCAGCCGCAGCAACGGAAUGUUCAUGGUAGAAUCUUUGGAGGCUUCUUGAUGCGUAAGGCCUUUGAGCUGGCCUUCUCCAAUGCUUACACAUUCGCUGGGGUUUCGCCACGUUUUCUUGAAGUUGACCGCGUCGAUUUUAUCAAGCCAGUGGAUGUUGGGAACUUCCUUCGUUUUAAGUCACGAGUGCUGUACACAGAAGCUACUAGUUCAGCUGAGCCGUUGAUAAACAUUGAGGUUGUAGCUCAUGUUACAAGUCCAGAGCUCAGGUCUAGCGAAGUGUCAAACAGGUUCUACUUCACAUUCAGUGUGAGACCUGAGGCGAUGAAAGAUGGAUUGAAGAUAAGGAAUGUGGUUCCAGCAACUGAAGAAGAAGCUAGAAGAGUGAUCGAGCGGAUGGAUGCAGAGAGACCCAUCUCCUUGCCUUGA